AUGAAUUUCUUCCCUCCCCCAAUUUCCAACAUACAAGAUGGAGAUUUGACGGAUAGCGGUGCCUCUACUGCCCCAUCCACUCCUGAGGGUAGCCUGACAUUCAGUCCCGUGUUGCGUGCUAGAGUCGGUAGCCAGCUCGAGAUUGAGUCCUCUAGCCUUGCAGGUCAAGCAUCGGAAACGGCUUCUCUACCUGCGCCAUCUAUCACCCGCCCGCCACCGCGAGUACGCAAUAUCUGCUGCGUGGGCGCUGGCUACGUUGGUGGCCCGACUGCCGCGGUAAUUGCAUAUCAGAACCCACAUAUACGUGUCACUGUUGUAGACAGAGAUGAAAAGCGAAUCAAGCGCUGGAAUUCCAAGCAUCUCCCAAUAUAUGAGCCAGGUCUGGGGGACAUUGUUCGGAUCGCUCGAGAUGGCUCUCGGGAAUGCUCCAUCGCAAACGAGCCUACCAACAUAAUACCAUCUGAUGUGUUGUCCGAGGCGGCCUCGUCAUCAGACUACAGCAGUCAGUCUGAAGGACAUGCAAACAGUUUGAAAACUAUUCCCGCUCGAACGCCCAACCUCUUCUUCUCCACAGAUGUCGCUAGACACAUUUCCGAGGCCGACAUAGUUCUUGUUGCAGUCAAUACUCCGACAAAAUCAAAAGGCAUGGGUGCUGGAAGUGCCACUGAUAUGACCGCGUUCGAAGCAGUCACUGGCGUUGUCGCACAACAUGCUCGACCUGGAGCAAUCAUUGUGGAAAAGUCAACCGUUCCGUGUAGAACUGCUCAGCUUGUGAAAGAAACGAUGUCUAUCCACCGCCCGGGCGUACACUUUGAGAUUCUCUCCAACCCCGAGUUCCUUGCUGCGGGUACAGCUAUGAAGGAUCUGAUGAGGCCGGACCGUGUCCUCAUUGGGAGCUCGACAACGCUUUCUGGCAAGCGAGCAGCCGAAGCUCUUGCUGAAGUGUAUGCUGCAUGGGUUCCCAGAAAACGCAUCAUCACGACAAACGUGUGGUCAUCAGAACUUGCCAAACUAGUAGCAAACUCCAUGCUUGCACAGAGAAUCAGUUCCAUCAACUCGAUAUCGGCUAUUUGCGAGAAGACAGGUGCAGAUGUGGACGAGGUGGCAGCCUCAAUUGGAUGCGACCCAAGAAUCGGCGACAAAUUUUUGAAAGCUGGUAUUGGUUUUGGUGGCAGUUGUUUCAAGAAAGACAUCCUGAGCCUUGUUUACUUGGCAGAAUCCCUGGGACUCGAGGAAGUUGGCGAGUACUGGCGCCAAGUGGUCAAGAUGAACGAGUAUCAGCGAGACCGCUUUAGCAGUCGUGUCAUCAAGUGCCUCAACAACACCUUGACGGGCAAGAAGAUCACCAUUUUGGGCUAUGCAUUCAAGGCAAACACUUCCGACACACGGGAGUCACCGGCUCUGGAGAUUAUCAAGACAUUACUGCAAGAAGGUCCCAAGGAGAUUGCAAUUUUCGACCCUUGCUGCAGUCCGGCCGUCAUCAGAGACGAGAUCAAAACGCUGCUCAGGGGGAUGGCCGCCCUGGAGGCCGAUGGUGGCCCGAUAGUGGUAUAUGGCAACGCCUAUGAGGCGUGCACGGCUUCCAAUGCAGUGCUCGUCACAACCGAAUUCGACGAGUUUCGCAUGACUUCUACAAAGUCCGCCUCUCCUGGUCGUCCCCGCGUACGAAGCGUUGAUCCCCGACCUUUUGGUCUGACCGGUCCAACAGAGACCGAAGUCUUGGCUCUGCAUGAACACUUGCUUGAAUCUGGAUGCUGCCCAGCUGGAUCGGACCCUCUGCAGAGAUAUGUAGAGGAACCCAGCUGCGUAGAUGAUUGCCCCGACUGCGACCCAGAACAGGGCGGCUACUCGACGGCUGGAAAUUCCGAUGAGCAUAAACCCAAAGAGAAGCUGGAUUGGAAUAAGAUUGCAUACCACUUGCAAAAGCCGAAAUGGGUUUUCGACGGACGGGGCGUUACGGAUGUCAGCACACUCAACCGGCUUGGUGUCACGGUUGAAAGUGUAGGCCGACAAGGGCGAUCAUGA